AUGGGGAGAGCCACAAGGUGGCUGAAGAGCUUGUUUGGGAUAAAGAGAGACAAAGAGCACAAACAAAACUCAAACUUUGGAGACCCAAGAAGCAUGAAAUGGUCUUCUUCUGAGAAUACUAAUAAUUCGAGAGUUUUGUGUCACAAUCCAGCUACUAUACCACCCAACAUUUCUCCAGAAGAAGCUGCUUGGUUACAAUCCUUCUACACAGAAACAGAAAAGGAGCAGAACAAGCAUGCCAUUGCAGUUGCUGCAGCCACAGCAGCAGCUGCUGAUGCUGCUGUGGCAGCUGCACAAGCUGCAGUGGCUGUGGUUAGGCUCACUAGCCAUGGAAGAGGCACCAUGUUUGGUGUUGGACCUGACAUAUGGGCUGCUAUCAAAAUUCAAACAGUGUUUAGAGGAUACCUUGCAAGGAAAGCACUAAGAGCCUUAAAAGGAUUGGUGAAGUUGCAAGCACUUGUGAGAGGGUAUUUAGUAAGGAAGCAAGCAAAUGAAACCCUUCAUAGUAUGCAGGCUCUUGUUAGAGCUCAAUCUACAAUUAGGUCUCAAAAAUCUGGCAGGGUCAAGAGCACAAAUAAUGAAGCAUGUAGAUUUCAAAACCGAGCUAGAAGAUCCAUGGAGAGAUUUGAUGACACUAGGAGUGAGUAUGCAGCUCCAAUCCACAAUAGAAGGUUAUCAUCUUCUUUUGACGCCACAAUUAACAACAAUAACAGUGUUGAUGGAAGCCCCAAAAUAGUGGAAGUGGACACUGGGAGGCCUAAAUCAAGGUCUAGAAGGACCAACACUUCAAUAUCAGAUUUUGGUGAUGACCCAUCAUUUCAAGCACUUUCUUCUCCCUUCCCAAUACCAUACAAAACCCCUGCACGCUUAUCCAUACCAGACCACAGGAAUUUGCAAGACUCUGAAUGGGGGUUAACAGGAGAAGAGUGCAGAUUCUCUACAGCUCAAAGCACUCCACGGUUUGCAAAUUCUUGCAGCUGUGGAUCAGUUGCACCUGUGACACCAAAUAGUGUGUGCACUGAAAACUUGUUCCUAAGUCAAUAUGGGAAUUUUCCAAAUUAUAUGGCCAGUACUCAGUCUUUUAAGGCCAAAUUGAGGUCUCAUAGUGCUCCAAAGCAACGGCCAGAACCUGGUCCAAGAAAGAGGCUUUCCCUCAAUGAAAUGAUGGAGUCAAGGAGUAGUUUGAGUGGGGUUAGAAUGCAGAGGUCUUGCUCACAGGUUCAAGAAGUUGUUAACUUCAAGAAUGCUGUGAUGGGUAAGCUUUACAAGUCCACAGAAUCUGCUAAGGAGAUAGACAGAAACUAUUACUUUCACCGACGGAGGUGA